AUGGCCACUCGGUCACGGCGCAUGCAGGGCAGCAUAGGCAGUAGUUGGGAUGAAGGCGGCUAUUCUUCAGAGGAUGGUGCAUCAAUACACACCGCCAGCAAUUCUGAAGGCGAGGAGGGGUUUGAGGAGUCGGACAAGGAGUACACAGAUAAAGCAACACCGUUGCUGUCAAGAAGCACACGUGCUUCACUGCCACAGCGACAUGAGACACCGACCAACACACCAACCAGGGCAACAGCUCGCCAUUCGCAAAACGGAUCGUCACAGAGUACGCCACGACCCAUCAAGUCCUCUCGUUCGACACCUCAAUCAGUUGAGCCGAGCUUCAUCAUGCCUCGUGCCCCUAUGAACAGUUCACUGGACAACUUGAUGGAUGACUAUGCGAAUGUGGAGCAGGAGGAUCCAGAGCUCGGCCCCUGGUGGUAUGUGAAUGCAUUCUACCAGAACAUCUUAUCACCUUUCCUCGGAUACUUUUGGGAUAUCUUCAGCUACGCCAACCGUCACUUUGUAAAACCCCUCCUCGGUUUCAUCAUGGGCAUUGCCAUCCUAUUCUUCGGCAUCCAGCUGGCAUCCCGGGCCCUCCACUCGCAGAUCAGCACAGCCCUCGCACCGCUCUGCCUGAUCCCCGGCUCCUCAUACCUCAUCCCCACAUGCUCCACCUCCACCCCUACAGAAGGCCGCGCGCAAUUCGAAGAACUCAUGAAUGUCCAAGGCCGCUUCGAAUCGAUCCUCGACUCCUCCAAAGACACCUCGGACCUCCCCGCCAUCAUCAAAGACUCCGAACUCGCCAUCCGCGACCUCCGCACCCUCGUCAAAUCCUCCCACCUGCCCUCCCGCUCGCAACUUGCCGUUGAAUUCGACUUCUUCGUGCUCACCGCCAAAGAAGCCUCCUCGGAUCUCGCGCGCUACAACACCCGCAUCGGCGCCGUCCUCGACCGCGUAAUCGGCACAAACAUCUGGACGUACGCCGUUCUCGACGGCUUGCAAAAAGACGCCGCGUCCACAGGCUUACUCGGCCGCGUCGUGGGUUCGCUAACCGCGUCGCCGAAGCGCAGCCUCGAGCAGCGCAUCUACGACCAGUACAUUGCGCACGUGACCAAGAACCGCGAGGAAAUCGCCUCUCUGAUCUCCGCCGCGCAGGCGCUGUUGAUGGUCCUGACCAACAUGGACGCCCGCCUCGAUACCAUCUUCUCGCUCGCCGUUAACGAUGACGCGACCAUUUCGCGCAACCACGACGAGCUCUUAUCCCACUUGUGGACGAAACUCGGCGGCAACAAAGCUAGCGUAAAGAGUAAUGUCAAGUCCCUCACGCUCCUGCGCGACGUGUCGAGUUAUCGCAAGCGCGCGCUCACGCAUGUGUCACAGACGCUGGUUAAGUUGCAGGAGAUUCAGAGUGAGCUGGAGGUGUUGCAUGAUGAUGUUGGCAGGCCGGAGUUGCUUGGGUGGGAAGGAGAGGGCGGGUUGGUGUUUCAGAUGGGGGUUAUUGAUUCGACGGUGGAGAGGUUGAGGAGGGCGAGGGGGGAGAGUUUGAGGGUUGAGGGGGAGGGCGUGAGGAGGCGGAUUAACGGUGUGGAAGGCGGUGAUGUGAGGGAGUUACCGGGGGCGGGGACAACGAAGGUUGUUGAUCUGAAGCGGUAG